UCUAGCCGCCAUAGCGCUAGGGCCCAUUCCGUAUGCUGGUCCUGCGGGGACUCCCCCAUCCUGUUUACUGACUUUUUCCUCUGCACUCAUGGCGUCUGCAAUCGAAUCGCUGCCUCAGGAGGCAUUCAACCAGAUCGCGCUCGAGCUCGAAGCCGCCGAUCUUGCAUCGCUGGCUAUGGCUAGCCGGGCUCUGAACAGACUGGUUGGCUGCGACGAGCUCUGGCUCGAGAAGGUCUCAGCCGAUUUCGGCGAUCGGGGCUACAUUGUCGACUUGCUCGCUGAGUCUGGCAUCGAUCUGACCGAACACUUGGCUGCCAGCACUGACCUCGCACCCUGGCGCCGCCAGCAGCCUGUCCAGGACACUGACGACUGGACGUAUACGGGAUUCGGGAUCCAGUGCUACCGCGAGCGAUACUCACGCGUGUUCCCUGCCUCGCACGAUGACUCUAUGCGGUCCACAAGGGCUGCCGAGACCAAGCUGGACGAGGUCAAGAGCAUGCUGCGAGCCGGGCCGCAGGCUGGCCCGGAGGUGUUCGCCGAAGCUGCCUACCGACUGAUCCUGGUGCAGGAGUACUUCCCGAAUUCGGCGGAGAGCUACUACCUGCUUGCUCUGAUGUGCUACAUGCUGAAUGCAUUCAAGCCGUCGCUGGAUAUCCUGGCCGUGGGUCGCGCCAUCAACGCCGAGUUCCAGCCGAUCCACGAGCUAAUGGCCGAAGUCAGCUCCAUUGUCAGCAGCGCUUACGGCAGUGAGGGUGAGACCCCGCUGCUGAAUGCCGCUGGCUCUGGCCUCAGCCCGCAGGUCACCAAGGUGCUCGCAAUUAUCUUCCAGAGGCUCGACAAGGACCGCGAUGGUGUUCUCAACAGCAGCGAGCUUGCACAGAUGGUCAAGAUCACCAAUGGCCAGCCGGCACCUGCCCCCAUGGUAUCGCAGCUCAUCGGUGCGUUCGGCGGCCAGGUCAGGACAAAGACUGGCCGGAAGUUGAUGGGCUGGGAUGCAGAGUCUCUCACCACCUUCUUCCUUGCCCAAACCCUCGACGACCCAAAGGAGACCCGUGCUGAUCUGGCAAAGUUUGGCUUCGACCCAAAGACGCUCGAGCCUACCGCCAUGUAAAUUGAAGGUUUGCUAAUUAAAAACUAAAGUCUGC